AUGCCGCCCGCGCCUCCUCCCGAACCAAUUGAAGAGGAGGUUGAAUUUCGGAACAGGCCACCCAUUGCACGGUCCGGCACAGCCGCCUCCGUCGCCCUACGCACACAGAAGACGAAAGCCAUCGAUCUAAGCUCGCCACCCUUCACGAAGGCGUAUAUCGACGAGUACCGCACGCGCAUCAAGGACGAUCCGGACCCCGAGGCCCACUUCCUGUACGCCAAGUACCUCAUCGAGGCGGCGAAGAAGUUCGGUGCGGAUGCGAAGGACCAGCGGAACGUGAAGAAGUUCCGGGAUACGCUGAUCGGGGAGUCUCUCAAGGUCAUGCGGAGGCUCGCGACGCAGGGUCAGGCGUACGAUGAAGCGCAGUUCUUCCUGGCCAACUGCCACGGCACGGGCAUGCUUGGUCUGCCCGUCGACCACGAGCGUGCAUACCAUCUGUAUCUGCAGGCGGCGAAGCAGAAUCAUGCGGCGGCGUGUUACCGCGUGGCGGUGUGUAACGAGAUCGGGGCGGGCACACGACGGGAACCCCAGCGCGCACUCGCGUUCUACCGCAAGUCCGCUUCUUUGGGCGACACUGCUGCGAUGUACAAGCUUGGCUGCAUACUGCUGCGGGGGUCGUUGGGAGAGCAGGCAAACCCGCGCGAGGCGAUUGGCUGGCUCAAGCGUGCCGCCGAGCAGGCGGACGAGGAGAAUCCGCACGCUCUGCACGAGCUCGCGCUGCUGUACGAGUCAACGAACAGCGGCGUGGUACCGUACGACCCAGCCUAUGCCAAGGAACUUUACACUCGCGCUGGACACCUUGGGUACACCCAUUCACAGUACAAGCUCGGGCAGUGCCACGAGUAUGGCAGCUUGACAUGUCCCGUCGACCCUAGGAGGUCGAUUGCAUGGUACACCAAAGCUGCGGAAAAGGGCCACGCGGAGGCGGAGCUUGCGUUGAGCGGAUGGUACCUAACCGGCAGUGAGGGCGUGCUCAAGCAGAGCGAUUCAGAGGCGUACCUGUGGGCUAGGCGGGCGGCCAACAAGGGCUUGAGCAAGGCGGAGUAUGCGGUAGGCUACUACGCCGAGGUUGGCAUUGGCGUGAAGCAGGACGUCGAGUUUUCCAAGCGGUGGUACAUGCGUGCGGCAGCGCAAGGCAACAAACGAGCCAUGAAUCGUUUAACGGAGAUGAAGCGCUCUGGCAACAAACGAGCAAACAUGGCACGGCCUACUCGCCAGGAGGCAAAAGACGAAUGUGUGAUUGUGUAG